AUGUUCAUCGGAGGUGGCAUCGGCCCAUUCAAGCACCCUCCAGUCCACGAGUGCCUCACACUUGCCGCCCUGAUCAAGUCGGACUUCAAGCUCGAGCCGGACACCACGUACAACAAGGCCAUCCAGGAGUACCACUACGAUACGCUCGAAUUUCUUCGUGGUAUAGUGUGGAACGACGACCCGGCCUGCCUUCUGUUCAACGACGCUUGGUGGCUCGCCACGCCUGACAAUUAUCACCGUGGCAUCGGACGCGACUGGGCAGUACAGUUUGCAGACGGCAAGUUUUGGCGUGUCGACUGCACCAAGGAGGGCUGGAUGGGUCACAAGAACAUCAUCGCCCGCAGCCACUUUGGUGACAUGCAGUUCUUACACGCCAUGGCAGACGACCCCGGCGAGCCACCAGUUGAGACCAAGAAGAAGAUCAUGACCUGGCUCCAACUCAUGUACAACAUCUCCAUCGGCCACAUCUCCUUCGCCAGCAAAAUUAAGGAUGUCGAGCUGCCAGCAGAGGACGAGUCCGACCGCUUCCCCUUGCGACGCCUGUUCGACGCUGGCACGAGGCCUGCCGACUGGAUGACGGUGCACACACUCCUGACGUGCGAUCACUCGUAUCCCAACGUCAAGCACAAUCGCCGCGCACUGGGUACUUGCUUGCACCUCAUUCAAGACUCCUACGCCCGCGGCCACUGUCAUAGAGUGAUGACUGAGAGCGAGGAUCCGAAGCGCUUCGGCCAGAUUCUCAAUUUCCACUCUUUCCGCGGACAGGACGAAGAAGCGCACAAGAAGUAUGACUUUGGAGAUCGACUCAUGGACGACGCCAACUGCUCGGAUCUGAGCCAGUUUCACGACAUGGACGGCUGUCUUGACGCCAUCGAGCAGUGCACGAAGUUGAUCAAUUUCUGGCAUCGACAGGCGCCUUGGGAAGAGAUCCUACCGUGGCUGCAGGACGAAGUCUUUGCUGUCUCUCCAGAAGCGACGCCUUCCAACACGAACGUGGAUUGA